UGUAUGUAGAAGGAUGCCGUACCAUUCCUCUUUUUCCUUGACUGGAUCCAAGGGCCUAUUUGGUUUCAGUGGUAGAAGAACAAUCACUGACAGUCACCAAUGGACUUCUGAGGACUGAUGAAUACGAUAUACCUCCACCACGCCAGUCUCCUCCUCCUCCAACAAUUACAGCAUUUUCCAACAACACAAAAUAUCAACAGCCAAACUCAGAAAUUCAAAGAGGGCUUAAUGAGGUUCAUGAAGAUGAAUACAAGAUUCCAUCAUCAUAUCCAGUGUCCAUACCUGUGCAAACUUCCCAUUUGCAAGCUGUGAAGCCACGUGCAUCAAAAGUGAUUGAAAAUGGACAGUGUGCUAAUGGAAUACACAACAACACAUCAGAAGCAAAGAAACCUAAGGCACUGGAAAUAGAUGACAUUUUUGAGAUGCCGAUUGUUGCAGCCCCCUUACCACCAGCUCGACUUCCAGCAAGAGACAACCAAAAACCCAGCUGCUCCUCUCUGAACAGAACACCCUCUGAUUAUGAUCUUCUAGUUCCUCCUCCAGGUGAUAAUAGUACACUUGACAGCCUUCCUCUGUCAUUGCCUCCGCCUCCACCUCCUGUAAGGGUUAGCCUCCCUGAUCUGCCCAGAUCUUCUGGCUCAGGCAGCAGACCUACAUCUGGACAUGGUCCAUUGCAUUUUAGUGCAGUAGAUUCUGUCUUUGACCCGGCAAGUUUUCCAGUACCUCCAGCUAGAAGGAUGGUUGAAGAUAAUCAGAAAUCCAACAGGAUGUCACAAGAAUAUGAUCAACUCCCGUCAUUGGCAGAUAGUUCACAGGCUCCAGCCAGACCACCUAAACCACUCCCACGCAGGACUGCACCUGAUAGUUACCACAAGAAAAAUAAUGUUCAAGAGCCAACUUCUUUGCAUUGUAGCCAAGCAGGAGAAAAUGUGGAUGCUAAGAUUGCAAAACUGAUGGGAGAAGGUUACUCCUUUGAAGAUGUAAAACGGGCACUUGCAAUAGCUAACAAUGAUGUAGAGAUGGCAAGAAGUAUUCUUAGAGAAUUUGCCUGCUUUCCUCCUAUUUCACCACGUCUCAAUCCAUAGCUGUUCAUCUGCGAGUGAAAAGCCCAGAGAAUAGGCAUCCGAAUUUCUGAGGAGCAUUGAAUUUUAAAGUAGCAUUCAACUGGUGGAACAAUUGCGUGUUGACUGACUGCAGUCUGUUUCAGUGGGUUUCUUGAGAAGGUUUCUGGUAGGAGAUAGAGAAUGAUGCUUAUGUAUUUUUACUAGCCAUAACGUUAAGAAUCAGGGUUCAACUGAGAAGAAGAAAGUUUACUCUCCUUGAAUUUCACUCCUGUGAAUUGCUUGAGAUCUCUGCUGCUUACCGCUGUCAAAAGAUUUUUGAAAGUCAUCUGAACUUUGCUUAAGUGGGAUAUAUGGUCUUAUCGGUCUCAGUAUUUUUAAAUGUGGACUCUGGGAUCGGUCAGCCUUGUUGCAGCAUUCCUUUCAUGUCAUCUGCACUGAUGGGGACACACCGCCAGUUUUGAACUCUCCACCCUCAUCAUUUAAUCUAGACACAGACUAAAUGAAUUCGUUCUGAAGAUGCUUUCGUUUGCUGCAUUUCAGUCUAUCAACAGGUGCAAAAAGCAUGUGGCCUUCACUACUGAAUCUUUUCUGAGAUAAAAUGAAAUUUCUUUAUUAAAAAAAAAAACUAAUUUCUGAAUGUGCAGUUACAUAUAUUUGUCUAUGUAUAGCCUUUCAAAGUAAUUUUUGACUGUAACCUCGGCAGCUUCCCAUUGUGUACAGCCUUCAGCAUUUUAAAAAUAAUUUCUAUUCCUCUUUUGUCUUAUGACCCAGCUACUUCAUCCACAUUGUAUUCUAACAGAACAAAAUUAAUUGAGAAGUUUCUGGUUAAGGCAACAAAAAGUGCUGACUGACUUUCAUGAGUUGUGACAUCGUUAGUUGGAUCAAUUCCAAAAUACAACCAAGUUUUUUUUUUAAUAUUUUAAAAUAGUUUAUAACGCUGGAUAUAGGGAAGCAGAAGCAUCAGAGACAGCACACAGCAUCUAUACACUGAUUAUGGCCAACUGAAUGUAAAACUGCCUCCAUUCGAUUAUGUGCCAACAUUUUAAUAGAACUGUGUAGCAGGAUAAGAACAUCAACUUUGCUAUUUGUGAGCAUGGAGUAGAACAAUAUCAUUAUUGCUGAUGUCAUGAGUGACAGCAUCCUUUUGUUUGGAAAGGGUGAGUGUUGUCAGUUUUCAAGUCUGGUAUCACUUUGUUAGCACCAGCGUCAGCCGAUUAUUCAGUCCGAAGAAAGGAUUAGAUUUUGCACUGUUAACGUUGUGCCGGAAGACUGUGAAAUAGCAAAUAGUCUUUGCCAAUUCAUGAAGUAUCUACUCCUUUCUUCACAUUGGUAAUGGAUCUUAUUUGCUUUACUCAAUAAUGGGAUAAUAAAUUAACUUCGUUUUGUCAAUGUCUGUUCUGUAGGUUACAUUGUGAAGAGAAUCAUUGGUUCAGCUUUGUCUUGUGUCACCAUAAUUUCUGGUGAAACAAAACUCAGGGCAAAUAUCCAUCCUUAUGUAAAUUAUGACUAUCUUUUGUAACCUAUGUUCAGUCAGUAGCUUUGUAGGUUUGCUUCAUAGCUUUGAGGCUGAAUAAUUCAUGCCUUAAUACUAGUUGAAACCUGACUUUAGCUGUUUACUUUGAGCAGUUUUAUGGUCAUCUAAACUCAAGAGACCGAAAGUAUUAAAGCUAAUCACCAUUUAAAUCACUGACUGUAUGAUGUAUAACAAUGUGGCUAUUAAAUGAAUAUAUAUUUCAUAAAUUACA